CGUCCACAGAUGUAUAAUUUUGCCAGUUCUCUCCCGUCAGCCUCUUGACGCUGACUUUCCCUCUGUCACCACACCAUCCUGACGUGGUAGCUACUUACUCAAAUCAAGCUCAUUUUCAAAUCAGGUCUGCAAAACGAACCAAAAUGCCAAUUCCCAAGCCUCAAGCUCUGCGAACCUUUUACCGAUCUUCAUCGGCUCGCUAUGUUUCCUCCACCCCCGUCCGGUUGGCUACCGCAACCUCUCCAUCCUCGCGAUCCAACAUCAAUGACCCUCGUGGCGGAGCUCCAGUCGACGACAUUGAUCUCGUCUUCGACUACCCGACCUCGCAACAGGCUUCCCCCUCGACGAGCCCUCCCUCCCUCGAGUCCUCAGGUUUGAGUGCCUCCAGCAUUUCGGGAGGCGCGUACACGGGUCGCGGGUUCGACAUGGACGAGACUAUCAUGUCGGCCCAGGAGACGGUAGGGCAGGUAAAGGACAAGAUGGGCGAUGUGAUGCAUACCAGCAAGGCGACCAUCAAGAGAGUCGACAAGGAGAUGGGUUACCCAGAUAAUAACGUAAUCUAUGCCGGUCUGGGAGCUCUUGGACUUGCAGCACUGUAUGUUACCCUCCGUGAACCUGGCGUCACGGAGGAGGUACGUCGACGGGAUCCCACCCUAGAUGCUCGACGCGGCAUGCACAACGUCAAGCAUGACUUGCCCGCCCACGCGCCGUUGGAGAACAAGGUAGAGAAGAUGAUCGGCCGUACGGGUUAAUACUAUCAGCCAUGUGUGGUGCAAAGACUAAUGUUCAUGGGAGGAAAUGGGCGAGACCAAAAGUGAGCUGCCGCGAAGGCCAGUCUGUAUGUAAACUCGAGCGCAAAAGAAACGUACCGCAA